AUGCAGGCUGACAUUAGCAAAGCCUCCAGAGAGCAGGAUGUUGGUGCGGCACCGUACGAGGCCAAGGGUAGCGUGCCAGAUGACAACAGAAGCAUUAAGCUGAACCGUUCGCAAGAGGCGGCCAUGCGCUUGGUCUUGGAGAGGAGAAGACGCUUCAGUCUCAUCCAAGGGCCACCAGGCACUGGCAAGACCACCACAGCGGUGUCCAUGAUUUGUGGCUGGUUGAGGACACGUCGGGGCCCAGUGCUGGCCAGCGCCUUUAGCAAUCGCGGGACCGAUAACUUGGCCGAGGUGCUUCAUAACCUGGGUGUACGGGUACUGAGGAUGGGCCUUUGUCCACAAGAUCGGCCGUACUCGCCGGGGACCGCAGCGGAAGCUGAGCAAGAGAAGAGGUUUGUUUCUGACAUCACCCGGUUGAAAUCAGCUGGUCACUUGUACAACAUGGCACAUCUUGAGGUUCGAGAGCAGGUUGGCGGAAUGCGGCCGCCAGCAAAGACCUCAGGCGUGGUGGCGCAGGCUUGCGGCACGUCGCCUGGUCGCAGCAGAAAUGGAGGUCGUUUGUGCAACCUGCAUCGGUUGUGGCAUGGGGCCCUUAGAGACUUGGAUGCGGUGAGAGGGCACAGGCUUGACAAUCGUGAAGCCAGGCUUCUGAGUCUCUCACAGGAUAAGAUCCGAUUCCCCUUCGCUGCGGCCUCAGUGAUGACUGGUCAGUACGAUGCCCCUGACAUUGGAUAUCUGUCUCUGCAGCCAGGUCAAGAGGUGACGAUUCAGUACAUAGGAGGCAGUGAAGAUCCAGAUUGGCUCUACGGCAGCUCCGAAGGACGUCGUGGGUGGUUCCCCAAAUUCUGUGUGCUGAAUGCCCCGCGUUCUCCACCGCCACCCUUGCCGCCACCGCCACCACCGCUGGACACGUCGCCCUUAGAGCAGGAGAGCGAGAAGAACGUCACCCCGGCCGUGACGGCGGCGGUGGCGCAGCUUGAGGAUGAUGUCUUGGAGCUCUUGAUCCAAGAUGAGUUUCGCGGAAAAACAUUGGUUGCGAAUGAGGUAAUCAGGCCCAGGCAACUCAUGGUGGAGCCUGAACCCUGGCGACGCACCGGGCGGAAGGCAAAGCCAGACCAUUUCAUUGGUUUGGAAAGUGGAUGCCUGGUGGAGCUUGCCGUGUAUGACGACCACGGUGCUCAACAAGGACGAGCAGUGGCAGAACUUCGAGCUCGGGGUGAAGAAGGAGCCGGAGAUGAUGGCCAAGUGUGGCUUUCUCAGCUUGUGGCCAUAGAGGAUCCCUACUUUGAUUGGUGGCAUGACCAGACCUAUGUGGACAAGACAGCGGGAGAAGCUGGCAUUCAAGGGCUUGCGAACGCUCUGGGUGCCGUGGAGGCUGACAGAGAGGCUCCAAAGGAGGAGAGAGGGGCCACAAAGCGGCAAAAGACAGAAAAGGAGAGAGGAGACCUUCCGAAGGAGCGUAAAGCAGUCUCGGGAUUGGAUGAAGUUAUCAAAGAGCGAGCGGCCUCAGCGCCUGAGUUGUCGGCCCUCAAGCUGAACGCGAAAAAGAAGAAGAAAAAGAAAGAUCAGAAGAAGAAAGGAAAGGACGACAAGAGGAAGAAGAAGCGUCUUGAGGAGGAGUCUUCAUCUGUGUCUUCGGAAAGCAGCACAAGUACUGAUGGCUCGGAUUUUCGAUUAGCCGCCCUACCCCAAGGGGUCGAGAAGCUCCAGAGGUUGCAUCAGGAGCACCCCGGCUCUUUGGCGAACCUGACGCUGAAGAGAUUCAACGAACUUCUGCAACGCAGCACGGGGGGGGGAACGGCAUCCGGAAGUCAGGAGCUCCCAGCAGUAGCUCGGGCUUACCUCAGCCAGAUCUAUUUGGUGAAGUGCCCGGAGUCCAUGAUCGGACUGAGGAAUCUUCGGGAACUACGAACGUUGACAACCAUGGCCGACCUGAUUUGCAACAACGACGGACUGAGGGCCCUGGACAUAGCUUUGCAGCGGAUCAAGGCCAUAGAAGUCUUUGUGACCCAGGGCACGUGGACCCAGGCGACACAACUGGAGCUGAUCCCGGCAGAAGGGGAACAGAGGGCCUGGUUCCGGCAGGAGCUGAAGGCGGCCCAGCAGGAAGCAAAAGCGGAAAGCAAGCUCUUCCUGGACCAGUGGCCGAGGCGACGGCGCCAGUGGGAAGUGAGCCCCCAGGCUCCUCAGGCCGAGGACAAGAAAGAAGGUGAGGUGUAUGUGGAGCAGGAGGUGAUUGACGAGCUGGCUGGUGAGCGAAGCAUGGAUGAGAAGCAGAAGGGGAUGUUGAAAGCCCUAGGGGAGACCCCCGGCUUGACUAGCCUUUUUAGAGAACUCCGGAAGUACAUCAAGAGCCCCCUCGGUUGGAAGAAGGCUCAACGUCAAGUUAUGACUGCUGCUAUUGACAAGAGAGACGCCACGGUUGAGGCCGCUGUGGCCAGACUCGCUUUGCCCUGGCGGAGGUUGCUGCUAGAGGAGCCGCCGGAGCACAACGCAGAUCUCAUGCGGCUCUUGGGGUUGCCAACGGUUCCCUUGAGUGUAUGCUCGGGGGAGGCCGAAGGAAAACUCUGGGAGACGUAUCGAGGAGUUGAACUGCGAGAGGUGACUGCUACAUUUACCGGUCUAUGGGGCGUCAUGGUCGGCAAAGGCAAGCGGGACAUCGCUGAUUCCCUGUACACAGCGGCGCUGGUCCCAAAGCUCAAUGGUGGGAUGCUACGCCAUAUGCUCACAGGACGGCGUCUGUAUGUGACCCAGGAGGAGAUACCAUGGGCAAGACAGAUGAUAGAGGAGCUGAGGCUGGAAGGUGGCUCUGAAAACUCACCCGCUGCUUGGCGAGAGGGUUUUAGGAAGUUGUGCUCGUGGCCGAUGACGCUGAGUUUGGCUGGAGUGGUGAUCAAGACGAUGCUGUUGCACCGCCCCGGUCACCUUGGGAACUUUACGAGAGCGUUCCUCUGCUGCGCUUCGGAGACCUUUCAGCGGUCAACGGUUGAGCUACUUCCGAUUGCCCUGCCAGUCGGUAGCGCUGAGGAAACGGAGCUCAUCUCUCAGCUCACAGAAGUGGCACUGAAUGGAAAAGUUUGGGAUGCUUCGGAUGUGGAAGCUUGUGAAGCCAGAGCAAAAGCUUGUGGCUGGCAAUCGUGGACCUGGCUGCAGUUACUAGCACUGAAUGCCAUGUACUGUGGCGGUGGGACACCUCGGUGGCUGACUGAUUCAAUGUUUCACUCCAACACCUUGAGUGCAGCCCAGCAAGAGGUUGUCAGCCGUCAGGAGGAGCUGGCGAAGAAGUGGACAAACCAUUCCGAAGAGCAGAUUCAGGUCGAGGAUUGGGACAAGCUGGAAGAGAGCCUCGGUGGCUUGUACACUGGGGCCUCGAUCGGUAAGUCUUAUCCUUUGACUCUGGAUGCCAUCAAGCCCACGACUCCUGGGCCGGGUGAAGCGGCCAGGAUUGAUCUCACAGAGGUGGUCAGCGACGAAUUGAAAGGGUUUGCCGACAGCCCAGCCUCGCUGCGCAUUCCGGAUGAGGAAUUGGUCCAUCCCCGUACGACAGCGGCCGUCCAAGUAACUUCACAGGAGGAGUGGGACAAAAUCGUCUCAUACCUCGUGAAAGCGAAGAUGCUGGAGCGUGAGAAGCCCAAUGAGACCCUUAUGUAUAAGGGGACGGCUGUACGAAAUGGAGCCUUUGGAGUUCACAAGGGUUGGGUGCUGAAAGAGGAUGAGGUCAUCCUGUGCUGCGCAGAGGACCAGAAGCACUGCUUCCACAUAUAUCGUCCUGGCUAUGCCUGGCGGGGAUUCUUUGUCCUCAACCGGAAGGCCAGUGGAGCCUGCUUCCAGGAUGGACUGGAAGACAAGGCUUACCCGAGAGUGGUCAGUGCUCCGAUGGGCUGGAGCAACGUGGUCGACUUCAUACAAGACGGCUUUGAAAAUUUGGCCAUGCGAGCAAAUCUCGAGCCUGGGAGGAUCAUCAGAAUGAAUGAACCUUCUCCUUUGGCACCUCUGACGACACCUCGGGACUUCUAUUCGUUCUAUGUGGACAACUUUGACCAAUUCAAGGUGGUUUGGCGCACAGAAGCCGGCACUUAUGAAGGCAGCCCGUCAGCAGAGCAGCUACAACUCCGUCAGGAGAUGGAAACAUUGGGGGUUGGACGAGACCCAAAGAAAGCUGCAGAGAGCACUCGAAGCUGGAGCUCCCUAGGUGCGGAGGUUGAUGGAGAUCUUGGUCUGAUCGGCAGCUCCCUGAAGUUCCGCCGAGCCCUCUUGGGUGCAAACUUGAAAGUCGUGGGUGAAGACACGGUCGGAAGCCACAGUCUUGGACUGCAGUCAGUGGUUUCAAAGAACAUGCACUCAGUCCAGUACAAGCGGGCUUUGGCGUGCCUGUUCGACUCACUGUACACAGAAAUGGGCUUGGCCAUGCCCAAGGUGCUGAGUGAGAAGUCGAAAGAUGAAUUGCUGUUACUCAGCAUGACCCUUCCGUUGCAUUGGAUGAGCCAGAAGAUGAAGCUUGAGGGGCAAAUCUAUGCAACUGAUGCUUCUGAAGAAGGAGGAGGUGCAUGUCAGUCCACUGGCCUCACGAAGUGGGGGCAUUCUCGAGUACACACGUUGGCGCAUGAGACGGCCGGCGUUGAAGGAGGAGGAGCCGACCCUAUCCUGGUGGUCGAGUGCUUUGCAGGAAUAGGAGGCCUGAAACAAGCGCUGGACCUGUUGGGAUUGGUCCCAAUGGGGAACAUUGGGAUCGACAGCAGCUCAGAAUGUGGAAAGGUGUUUCGGCAGCAUUGCCGGCAUGCGGUGUGGUACAGCUCGAUUGAAUCAGUAACCUUCGCUGAGGUGAAGGAGUGGCGAAAGAAAUUUUCAAAGGUGACCAAGGUACUCCUCAGUGGAGGAUGGCCCUGUGUGAAUCACAGCCACCUCAAUCCGAGGCGUGGUGGAGCCGAAGCAGCCAGCAGCCAAUUGCUGGACAAAAUGCUGGAAAUUAAAACCAUGUUGCGCUUGUGCUCCCGAGAGCUAGGGAUGCCGGACUGGGAGGUCCUUGAGUUCUAUGAGAACGUUGUCAUGGACAAGCACGACUACAAGAUUCAAUCGGGAAAAAUUGGAUUUGGUGGAACGUUCUUCGAAGCGGCAAUGGUGGGCCAAGUGCGGCGCCCUCGCAUUUAUUGGAUGAAAGGUUUUCCUUUUGUCCAGGGAACAGAUGGAAGUGUUGGGCCUCGGCAGCCAAUGCGCAAUGAGGACUACAUGCUGCCUUCAGUGAACAUACAGACAAACAAGCCACCUAUGUCGUGGUUCCUGUGUGCUGAUGCCACCAAGAUGGAAGCGGAGAACGAGCAGCUGCGCCUCAUGGGAUUCCCAACCAACCACCUAGAACUGAAGAGCCGGCUCUCCGCAGAUCUGAAGAGCCAGCUUAUUGGCAAUUCUUUUGCGGUCAUCGCUGUGGCCCGCUUGCUGGUGGGGCUGGUGGCGACAGAAGAGCAGGUGGUCGCCAAAGAUCUGACCGAGAUCCUAUGGCGUGUGUGGAAACGCAAUGAGACCAAAAUCCAGCACAUGGACAAGCCAUGGAAACUCAGAUUCGGUUCUGCUGCAGCGGACCUUUCCGGGGUUGGCAGCCUUCGCUUGGAGGUUUGCCGGCUUGCGGGUAUUCCGUUGCGGCAGUAUCUGGAUCCUGAGCGGCGGCUCUCGGACGAGGAAUUGCUGGUGUACCUGCUCACCAGGAAUGGAACCCACAAAGGCGCUGACAUCCGAAUGGAUCUCGGCAUGCCAUAUGCUGUGGGUGAAAUGACCCGACAGAGCAUUGACCCCUCCAGCUGGACCUGGAAAGUGCUCAUGUCGUAUGCCUGGAAACAAAAAGACCAACAUAUCAAUGUGUUGGAAACAAUCGCGGUGCUGGACCUUUUGAGGAAACUGGCGCGCAGUGUGAAGUUUCACAAGUCUCGGAUUGUCAUUUUGGUGGACAAUCAGGUGGCGCUGAGUGUGCUCACCAAAGGGCGCACCUCGGCCAAAGCUCUGCAAUCACCCAUCCGCCGAGUGUCGGCUGUCCUCUUGGCCUCGGAAGUCUUGGCAUGCUAUGGCUGGAUCAAGUCCGGCUGGAAUCCGGCCGAUGGGCCGUCGCGAUGGCGUUCCGGUUUCACUGUGUGUCUGGGUAUGCUGCUGCUCCCUGGCAUCAGGUUGGUGGAACACGUGCUGAAACCGUGCCUCCUCAACCCCUGCCUUCCACCCGGGAGGGACACCGGUGUCUGGGUGCUUGUAGUGCUAGUGCUGGGGGGCGGCACCCAGGAGAUCUGCUGUGAGGCUGGCUCGCAGACCCAAGUUGAAACACAAGGCGAGUGGAUCGUUUGCACGUGGUUUUUGGAUGAAUCAGCCUCGGCUUCAGUGCGCAUUUUGCUUGGCUCGGUGGAGAAUGCUUUCAAGGUGCUGGAUGAUGCCCUACCUUGGAUGGCUUUGAUGCGGCCAUGGAUAAGUUGUUGGUCUACAACUGGUCCGAUGGGUUGGGCUCCUUUGGUGCAUUUCUUGGAGCUUCCCUUUCCAGAAGACGAGUUUCCAUACUUCGAUGGGGUGAAGUUCGAAGCUGUGGCGAAAGCCGCCAUCAGUGACAUCCUUGGAUUGAUCGGAUGUGAAGAGAUCUCUUCACCGGAACGGCUGCCCCAGAAGGCGCACAAGAAUGGAUCCUUGCAGGAUCCCACAAUGCCACCGCUGGAACGACUAGCCGCACCCGAGGGAGCUGAGCCAUUGCCGACCUCGGUGAAACGCACCUUUUGUAAGUUCUGGCAGGAAAACAAGUGCACCAAGGGAGAUGCUUGCACCUUUGCCCAUGGACAUGAUGAGAUAGGUCAACCGAUUCCUGAUGAGAUGAGGCCCAAAGGCGAUGGCUCCAGGCAACGGCUGGGACAUUGCAAG